AUGAGUUUCUCAGUCCGCAGAAAGCGGCUGACAUGCUCGGAAUGCACCCGGCGAAAGGUCAAAUGUGACAAGACGCUGCCUUGUCGGAAUUGCCUCGUCAAAGGUAUCAACUGUACACGCCCGAGAGGUCACGUCGACCUACCGGUCGACACACCGAGCCCGAGUUACGAUAUCAGGACUGAAACUACUCCUGAGGAGAAUCCGAACCGGGCGCUAUUGAGCUUGGUGGAAAGUCUUACUGCAAAGGUCAGCUCUCUUGAGUCCAGGCUUCAUCAACAACAGACGGCGUUGUCAGAAAGAAUGUCCAGUGAACCGCUCCCACUAUCAUCGUCGGCCAGUACGCCGGUAAUUCCCCAGAAUAUUGGUGCAGACAAUAUUGAGGUUGAGGAAGCAACAACGCAAAGUAGCUCCGAGGUUGAAGAUGCUGCUACCAUCCUUGAAUUUUUAGCUUGGGGUCGACGCAAGGACCCGAAAUAUCAAGAUCUGAUCACCAUUGGCGAUGGAAAUAUUCCCCAGCAUUCUCCAAGAGACGUCGAUAUGGAGAAUUACACCCCCUUCUUCCCAUCCAAAACGACGCUUCGUGCUUAUUUACAGUCUCUCCUUCCUGGCCGAUCUCACUUGUAUACUCUCGCCAAAUAUCAUUGUGACUGUCUUCUUUGGUACCAUGGUUCAUUCCACGCAGUUGUCUUUUCCAAAUCGCUGGACGACUUUUUCAACAAAAAGAAUGGCCAGAUUCAGCUGUCAGAUACGGAAUUGCAAUGGGCUAGUCUACUGUUUGCUAUUAUUUCAGGUUCUGUCACCUGUGCCCCUCGCUCAUUGGUCUUGACAUGGGGAUUUAAUGACGAUGAGCGAAAAGAGCUGUCGCAUAGAUGGUUUCAAGCGAUGAAUCUCUGCUUGCAGUACUCGGAUUACAUGUCGACGCAUUCUAUAUUCUCGGUUCAAGCAAUCGCUACCGUGACCCAUUCCGCUCACAUGCUAGGCCAUUCCAAUAGCCAUCCAGUUCUCCUAGCUUCUGCGGUUCGAAUUGCCCAGAGCAUGGGUCUGCAUCGUCUUGGAGCUGAGGUAGAAGACACAGAUCUUCAAAAUCUGAUUGAUCGAGAGCUUGGCAGACGUGUUUGGUGUCAACUUUGCACACAGGAUUGGUUCUCUAUUCCAUUUACAGAAAGCUAUCUCAUAAAUCGAACCUCGUUCAAUACUGCAAAACCAAGAAACUGCAACGACGAAGACAUGAUAGUAAAAUCAGACGACACACCGACCACUACGAAUUAUAUGCGCCAUCACUAUGAUGUUGCAGCUCUUAUGCCUCAAGUCCAGGAUGCCAUUGUCACCUCAAACACAUUAUAUACACGAUAUGAAAAGGUUCUGGAAUAUGACCAGCAACUGCGACUCUUGGCUACCGUCGGUCUACCGUAUUAUCUUCAAAACGUCCCGCUCGAUCCGUCUUGGCCGUGUUAUGUCCCGUGGGCUCGACGUGCCCUUGCCAUUAGUACCUCACAUAAAGUCAUUAUGAUCCAUAGGAAGUUUUUGGGCAUGAGCUUUGUCAAUCCAAUGUUUUCGCGGACCAGACGGACCUGUGUUGCGGCGGCAAGAACCAUAGUCAAGGAAUUAAGAGAGACCGGCAGUGAUGGCGGCCCAGUUCUUUGGAUCCACCACGCGUUUGUAGUAACGGCAGGAAUCAUUCUCUGCCUUGACAUGAUCCACUCUCCAGAGUCAUCACCGGAGUGUGACGAACACCGCCGCCUCGUCCAAGACGGGCUUAGAAUGCUCUCUGUAUGCGAGACAAAUAUGAUUGCAAAGCGGGGAGUCCCAUUACUGCAAGCUAUGCUUGCAAACGAACAAAGGAUUCGACGAAAGACUCUUCAUCAGAUUGAGCCUCAAAACGAAAUCAUUUCAAAUAAGACUGAGAGAAGAAAUAUCGACAUCAGUGAGAUCAUCCGACAUUUUUACCAGCAGGAUCGAUUGAAAUUUUCGGCUACAUCAACUAGACUGCAUCAAAAUGCAGACUGGUUUGAUGAUGAUAAUCAGGGCAGUUGGCCACCAGCAGAAGGAAGGCCCAAUACGGAGGGAAGAGUGAUUAUACCGCCACCUGGAAAUGAAUCCAUUUAUGGCAUUGACUUCCCGGACAACUUUGAAGAAGUGUUUGCCCUGGCAGCUAAUUAUAUAACUUGA